AUGACGACGGAGUGGAAAACGGUUGCCCUGUUCCCGAUUCCCUCAGUUAUAUAUCUCAUCCACAAUAAUGUGCAGUUUGCUACACUCACUUAUGUGGAUACUUUCACCUAUCGGAUAAUGGGAAAUUUGAAGAUUGUUACGGCUGGGGUAGGAGGCUUUCUAACUUGUAGUGGAUGGCUAUUGUGUUAUUGGUCUGUCGGGACAACCACUAGUCGGGUGCCGAGAAAAUUGUGUCUCACAAAUUUGGUUUUGUGCCUUUUAAAUUUUGUUUAUAAGAAGUUAUCUACUGUGCUUUAUGCAUUGUUUGAUAUGGAUAAUGAACUUAAAAUCGGUGUUGAGGAGUUAGAUGAAUAUCUAGUUCAGACGUUUGUUAGGGUUGUGCAAGCUGUGAUGCAAUAG